AAGUCUGCCUGUGUUUUCUUCCUGACAGCUCCCAAUGGACGAAACGAGUUAAGUGUUCGCUGAGCGGAAUAUCUUUGGAAUAUCAUCAGUAACUCAUUCUGUCUCAGCGGGAAACGAUGGAGGUGGAUUCAGUGUUCUACACCAAUCACAGUGGGAGAGUCACAAGUAACCCACUGCUGGACCAGCUCCCGAGCUACCAGUCCCUCCUGUACCGCAGGAAGUCGUCGACUGGUGGCACCAAAAGAAGGAGCAGCUCUAGAUCCAGGGACAGCACCUCUGGCAGCGGUAAAUGGGCCGUGAGCACUGUCGGCAGACAUGAUGAGAGGCAGAAGGGUCAGAUGGUGGGAAGACCCAUCAGGGAACUGGCCAGGACCAUGGCUGAGAAACGUCGAGACAAAACGCAGCGUCUGGAAGAGGCUCGAGAGCUCAGUAGCUGGAAACAAUGGAGGCAAAACGCCCGGAGGAAUCUCAGGAGGCUGAAGGACGACGCUCAUGACUUGCUGAGCUCGCUGCAGCUCUGGAGGGGAGACAUCCACCUGAUAGAAGGGAUGUUUGGCACUGGGAUCCUGUCUUACUUCUCCUUCCUGCGCUUUCUGGUCAUGCUCAACUUGAUCAUUUUUCUGCUCAUGUUCAGUUUUGUCAUGUUGCCCAUCAUCAUUGCUCCGCAUGCUUCAGGAAAUACGACGUACAACCAGAACGAUGGCAGUGUGUGCAGUGUGUAUCCAAGCAGUGCUCGACGUGGCCUGGUGCUCUAUUAUGAACACAUUACUGAUUUGCUGUCUGGUGGAGGCUUUCUGGAGCAGACCUAUCUUUUCUACGGCUACUACAAGGUGGACAAAAUCCACUUUCCACACACCACUUACAAUUUACCACUGGCGUACCUGAUGGCCACGGUAGCGUACCUCUUCCUCAGCCUCAUCUGGAUUGUCAAAAGGUCUGCGACAGGAUUCAAACGUAGCCUCAUUCAGGAUGAGGAUCGCUUUCAGAGUUUCUGCAACAAGAUUUUUGCUGGCUGGGACUUCUGCAUCACCAACGAAAACGCUGCGAGGCUGAAGAGGAGCAGUCUCCUCUAUGAGCUCCGGACGGAUUUGGAAGAAGAACGGAUUAAGCAGAAAAUCGCGGAUCGCACACGCAAAGAGAAGUGUCGGAUUUACCUCAUCCGUCUCCUCCUCAACCUGUUUGUCAUUGCUGUGUUGGCUGGUUGCUUCUACAGCAUUUAUGUAGCCACCAUCUUCUCACAGAAAGCACAACUGAAUAAUAUAAAGGUGAAUUUCAUUGUGGAUCUGAUCUACGAAUAUCUGCCUUCAAUCGUUAUCACCCUGGCGAACUUCAUCACCCCCCUCCUCUUCUCUCUCAUCAUCAAUUUUGAGGACUACUCUCCUGCCUUUGAGAUCCGCUUCACCCUCAUGAGGUGUGUCUUUAUGCGGUUGACCAGUAUUGGGGUCUUGCUCUUCUCUCUUUGGUCUCAGAUUACCAAAUGUAAAGACGAGCCCUGUAUCUGUGGCUACAAUCAUCUGCUGUACUCUUGUUGGGAGACCCGUGUUGGUCAGGAAAUGUACAAACUCACCAUCUUUGACUUCAUGAUUGUUGUCGCAGUCACCAUCUUGGUAGAGUUUCCACGAAAGCUCAUAGUGAUGUACUGUAACUGUGGCCUCGCUAAGUGGUGGGGCCAGCAGGAGUUUGCCAUUCCUCAGAAUGUGCUUGAGAUCGUCUACGGUCAGACCAUCUGCUGGAUCGGCACAUUCUACUGCCCGAUGCUGCCCGCCAUCUGCACCAUCAAAUACUUCUUCAUCUUCUACAUCAAAAAGGUGUCGUUGAUAAAUAACUGUCGACCAGCCACACGUCCAUUUCGAGCUUCCAGGUCUCACUUCUUCUUCCUUGGCGUGCUGCUGAUCGGCCUGGCUCUGGCCUGUCUGCCUGUCAUUGUCAGCGUAGCACAAAUAAACUGUUCCCAGGCCUGUGGACCAUUUGUUAAUUACACCACCUCCUGGGAGGUGCUGCCAACUGCGGUGUCUCAGCUCCCUGAUGGAGUCAAAUCUCUGCUCUUUGCUCUCUCAUCAGAGCCUUUCGCUGUCUCCUUCUUUGUUGUUACGUGUUUGGCCAUGUUUUAUAUGAUUGCAUUAGCUGGAGCUCACAAAAGAGUUAUUAACCAGCUAAGGGAGCAGCUAGUCAUGGAGGGUCGUGACAAACGCUUCCUGAUCCAGAGGCUGUGCCAGGCCCAGAAACCCGCAGCAAUCACAUCUCCAGGGUCAAGAUCACAGGUCCACAGCCCCAGCAGAAGCAGCCCCAGCUACCACACCAGCUUCUCUAACAAUUUUGAUGAAGCGCUGUUUCUGGCACACUCGCCUCCAGACUCCUCCACACAUCAACUCAGCUGGUACGGAACCGGAGACAGCGUCGUAGCUGUGGUUCUGGGGCUCAAAAUGUUGAGGAUUACGAUACGAGCUGAUAUGGGGUCUCUGUGGAUGUUAUUCUGCGUGAUCUACACGCAGAUGUGGACCGUGUCCUCCGAUGAUAUAGUGGUGGCGUGCGGAGGCUUCGUGAAGUCCGACGUGGAAAUCAACUACUCUCUCAUCGAGAUUAAACUUUACACAAAACAAGGUUCUUUGAAAUAUCAAACUGAUUGUGCUCCAAUCAAUGGCUACUUCAUGAUCCCGCUCUACGACAAGGGAGACUUUGUUUUGAAGAUUGAACCUCCUCUUGGAUGGAGUUUUGAGCCUACUGUUGUCGACCUCCAUGUGGACGGAGUAAGUGACAUCUGUACGAAAGAGGAGGACAUCAACUUUGUUUUCACAGGCUUUUCAGUCUCGGGAACGGUUUUGAGUAAGGGUCAUCUCCUGGGUCCGACAGGAGUAGAAGUUCGCCUGAGUCGAGAAGGAACAGAAGAAAAAAUCCAGAGUGUUGUCACGCAGCCCGGAGGAAAGUAUACCUUCCUUAAAGUACUUCCUGGGAUUUAUGACAUCACAGCUUUCCAUCCCUCUUGGACUCUGGAGAAGAGUGUUACCACAGUGCACGUCUCCAACGCCAACGCUAUGGCCGCUGAACAUCUGGUGGUUGGAGGCUACGAUGUCUCGGGGGAGGUCCUCAGUGAUGGAGAGCCCAUGAAGGAAGUCACCUUCCUGCUUUACUCGGCCACAGUCCAGAAAGAGGACGUCAGUGACUGUAACACAACCCCAGUGGAGGGGGCAGAUCCCGGGGACAGCUCCUUGAUUUUCCUGUGCAGUGCACUGUCCAGGGAUGAUGGCAUCUUCGUCUUCCCCUCUCUGGCCAGCGGAGAGUACACUGUGGUGCCCUUCUACAGAGGAGAAAGGAUCACUUUUGACGUUGCUCCAUCAAGGAUGAGCUUCAAGGUGGAGCACAACAGUUUGAAGCUGGAGCCUGUCUUCAGAGUCAUGGGCUUCUCUGUGACGGGCCGAGUUCUCAACAGUGUUGACGGCGAGGGCGUACCUGAUGCUGCAGUGACCCUCAACAACCAGAUCAAAGUUGUCAGCAAAGAGGAUGGUUCCUACCGCUUGGAGAACAUGACGGCUGGCACCUACACCAUUCGUGUCAACAAGGAGCUGAUGUUCUUUGAGACGGUCACUGUGAAGAUCGCCCCCAACACACCCCAACUUCCUGACAUCAUCACCGCGGGGUUCAGUGUGUGUGGGCAGAUCUCCAUCAGCCACCUGCCUGAGGGCAUGAAGCAGCAAGGUCGCUACAAGGUCACCCUGACACACCAAGGUCAAGACAAGACUUCCAGCCGCACCAUCGAGUCUGACCCACAGGGGGCCUUCUGCUUUCAGGCCAAACCUGCAGACUAUAGUGUCCAUGUGUCUCUUCCUGAGCCAGAGGUGAAAGCAGGACUCGCUCUGCAGCCUCAGGCCCUGCAGGUCUCCCUUGUGGAUCGACCACUCACAAACCUGCUUUUCACCCAGUUCAUGGCGUCCGUCUCUGGAAAGGUCUUCUGUCUAGCUUCCUGUGACGACCUCUCAGUCGUGCUGCAGCCAGUGAGUCGUCAGGGAGACAGAAGGACUGUGGCUCUGUCUAGCAGUAACGACAUCCUCAGCUUCUCCUUUGACAACGUUCUGCCAGGGAAAUACAAAGUGAGUAUUUCACACGAGGAGUGGUGCUGGAAGCACAAGUCCAUGGAAGUGGAAGUACUGGACUCUGACGUCUUAGGGGUGGAGUUCAGACAGAUUGGCUACAUCCUGCGCUGCUCGCUCUCCCACGCCAUCACUUUGGAAUUUUUCCAAGACGGCAGCAAACCGGAGAACGUCGGCAUGUACAACCUCUCCAAAGGAGUGAACCGCUUCUGUCUCUCUAAGCCUGGUGUUUACAAAGUCACCCCUCGCUCCUGCCACCAGUUUGAGCAGGAUUUCUACACCUAUGAUACCUCGGCUCCCAGCAUCCUGACCCUCACUGCAGUGCGACAUCACAUGACCGGACUCAUCACCACUGACCAACUUCUGGACGUCACCGUUACCAUCAAGUCGUCCAUCGAGAGUGAGCCAGCCCUGGUGCUGGGACCCUUACGCAGUCUAGAGGAACAGCGGCAGGAGCAGCAGCUGCAGGAGAUUCAGUUACGACGUCAGGAGCGAGAGCGGCGUGCUGCUGAACAAGAUGCCGGCGCCAGCGACGAUAACCCGCCUAUCCAAGAGAAGGCUGAUGAACUGACGGGCCCAUUCCACUAUGAGUUUUCCUACUGGGCCAGGGCAGGAGAGAAGAUCACAGUGACUCCCUCUUCCAAGGAACUGCUGUUCUACCCACCUGAAGUUGAGGCCACUAUCACUGGAGAGUCAUGUCCGGGUCGGCUGGUGGACAUCGCAGGACGAGCAGGUCUCUUCCUGAAGGGCAAAGUCUCACCAGAACUACAAGGCGUCGAGAUCUCUAUCACUGAAAGAGGAGCUGGUGCUCUGCUCAUUACUGUGGCCACGGAUGAGAUGGGAGCAUACAGUGUGGGUCCACUUCACAGCGACCGUCAGUACGACAUCAGCGCCAGCAAAGAAGGUUUUGUCCUGAGUCCUGUGGAGGGAACGCGGGGGGAUUUCAAGGCCUUUGCUCUGGCUGGUGUGACCUUCAAGAUCAGAUCAGAGGAUGGUCAGCCCCUCUCAGGCGUCCUCCUGUCUCUGAGCGGAACUCAGUUUCGUUCCAACCUUCUGACACAGGACACCGGCCUGCUCACCUUUAAUAACCUGAGCCCAGGUCAGUACUACUUCAAGCCCAUGAUGAAGGAGUUUCGAUUUGAGCCGGCGUCUCAGAUGAUCACCGUGGAGGAAGGUCAAAACCUCAGUAUCGACAUAACGGGCGUUAAGACUGCGUACAGCUGCUACGGAGCGGUGCAGUCCCUCAGUGGGGACGCGGAGCGCGAUGUUGCUGUCGAGGCAGUGGGUCAGGGAGAGUGUAGCCUGUACAGCGAGGACACAGUCACUGACGAGGAAGGCCGCUUCAGACUGAGGGGUCUGCUGCCGGGUUGCAAGUAUCUGAUUCAGCUCCGUGCUGAAGGAAAUGACCACAUCGAGAGGGCUUUACCACAACACAGAGCUAUAGAGGUUGGCAGCACUGACAUCGACGGUGUCAACAUCAUCGCCUUCAGGCAGAUCAAUCAGUUUGACCUCAGCGGGAACGUCGUCACGUCCCCGGAACAUCUACCAACGUUAUCGGUGAAGCUGUAUAAGAGCGACAACCUCGACAAUCCAAUCAACAGCGUCUCUCUGGGACAGUCCCUCUUCUUCCACUUCCCUCCUCUGGACAGAGACGGAGAGACCUAUAUUCUGAUGCUGUACUCCACGCUGUCCCGCUCUCAGUACGACUUCACUUUGCCUCAGGUCUCCUUCACGUCCAGCGGCCACCACAAGCACAUCACGCUGACCUUCAACCCCACUCGUAAAGUGCCUGACCAGGAUGUUGCCCAAGGCUCUUACAUAGCUCUGCCCCUCACUCUGCUGCUGCUGUUGGCAGCAUACAACCAUGAGAAGGUGAUCCCACUCCUGUUGCAGCUCGUGAACCGUGUCCAGGGCGUGCGGAGCAUGACCCAGGCCAGCGGGGACAGCGCCGCCCUGGAUGAAGCCAAGCGCCAGGCCAAGAGACAGAAAGCCAGACGUACAUGAGAACGCAACCACAGUUCAACCUCAACACACCUUUGUAAGCUAAACGGGACACUAGCGCUCGCAAACACCUGCCUUGGCAAACACUGGGUUCGACGUCUUCAGUUGUCGGCUAACGAUGGGUGCUUUUAAACUUGUUUAGUCCAGUAAAGAUGUGAUUUGGCCUCACGUGAAGUCCGACGUUAACCACUCGAAGCAGGUUUCCUCCACCUCAUCAGCAUCAUCAGCCAUCCUCAGAUUAACCGGACUAGCUGACAUUUUACAAGAUGUUUUGUCUCCCUCUUUUUUUUUUUUAAUCCCAGAACACUUAUUAUCUAAAGGAAUAUUGAAUUAUUUGUGAAAAAUGUUGAAUUAUUAUGAGCCAUUUUUAUACUUUUUCAUUUUUCUCGGUCAACUAAAAGUACUUGAAUGCAUGUUAUGUCCAUCGUGACACAGUUUAGACUCAAAGUUAUUGGUUAAAGUAAGAAGUCAAAAAGAUUAUUUUCCUUGUGCUUGUAAAACUGUGUAAGGAAAAGAAAACGUGAGAGCUUUAAGUUAAGAAUUUCCAAAUUAUAUUCGUACGGAGAUAUAUUCCCCACUGACUUUCUGUUUCUGUGUCAACAUGUCAUUUCACAAGUUCAAAAUGUCUGUGUCUUAUAACAUUUGAAGCCAUAGAUUUGAUCUUAAACAGCAGUGAUGUCACCGUUUACAGUGUAAUCGCUCACCGGGAGUGAAAGGCGGCCAAUGAUGUUGACAGUUGCGCCUUUGUCGGCCAUAUCACUCAAAUGUAAAAACUCUGAAAUGCACUCCGUUCUCUCCUGAUGGUAUUUCAUAAGCUGUUAAGCGUGACGCAAGAUUGACUCAAUGUCAGUUUGUCCAUCAGCUCAGGGAGAUGAUGGUGGAUUAGACGCUGGAAAUAUUGGUUUCAAUAGUUUGUGAUGAGAUUUGUUUUUUGG